CCCUCCCCCUCCCCCGCGCGUCUCCGCCGCUCGGGGCGCGGCCCCGCGGCCUGCGCGCUCCUGGGCGGGGGAUGUUGUGAUGGAGAAGCCGCGGCGCAGCCCGAGCCCCGCAGCCUGAGCCACCUCCGCCACCUGGGCCUGGGGCCUCGCCGCGCAGGAUCUGCCAAGGCCAUGUCUGUUCCAUCAUCAUUGAGCCAGUCGGCCAUUAAUGCCAAUAGCCACGGAGGCCCUGCACUGAGCCUGCCCCUGCCCUUGCACGCUGCUCACAACCAGCUGCUCAACGCCAAGCUGCAGGCCACAGCUGUGGGACCCAAGGACCUGCGCAGCGCCAUGGGGGAGGGUGGUGGGCCUGAGCCAGGCCCUGCCAAUGCUAAAUGGCUAAAGGAGGGCCAGAACCAGCUCCGGCGGGCUGCCACAGCCCACCGUGACCAGAACCGCAAUGUGACCUUGACCCUGGCAGAAGAAGCCAACCAAGAGCCUGAAAUGGCACCAUUAGGCCCCAAAGGUCUGAUGCAUCUAUACUCUGAGCUGGAGCUCUCAGCCCACAAUGCAGCCAACCGAGGGCUUCGAGGACCUGGCCUUAUCAUCAGCACCCAAGAGCAAGGUCCAGAUGAAGGAGAGGAGAAGGCAGCAGGGGAGGCCGAGGAGGAUGACGAAGAUGAGGAUGAGGACGAGGAAGAGGACUUGUCUUCUCCCCCAGGGCUGCCUGAACCUCUGGAGAGUGUGGGCCCCCCUGGGCCUCAGAUCCUUACAGAUGGCCCCCGGGAACACAGCAAGAGUGCUAGCCUUCUAUUUGGUAUGCGGAACAGUGCAGCCAGUGAUGAGGACUCAAGCUGGGCUACCUUAUCCCAGGGAAGCCCCUCCUAUGGCUCCCCAGAAGACACAGAUUCCUUCUGGAACCCCAACGCCUUCGAGACGGAUUCCGACCUGCCGGCUGGAUGGAUGAGGGUCCAGGACACCUCAGGGACCUACUAUUGGCACAUCCCAACAGGGACCACCCAGUGGGAACCCCCUGGACAGGCCUCCCCCUCACAAGGGAAUAGUCCCCAAGAGGAGUCCCAGCUCACCUGGACAGGCUUUGCCCAUGGAGAAGGCUUUGAGGAUGGAGAGUUUUGGAAGGAUGAACCCAGUGAGGAGGCCCCAAUGGAACUGGGAUUGAAGGACCCUGAGGAGGGGACAUUACCCUUCCCAGCUCAGAGCCUCAGCCCAGAGCCAUUGCCCCAAGAGGAGGAGAAGCUGCCUCCACGGAAUGCCAACCCAGGAAUCAAGUGUUUCGCCGUGCGUUCCCUAGGCUGGGUGGAGAUGACUGAGGAGGAGCUGGCUCCAGGACGCAGCAGCGUGGCAGUCAACAAUUGCAUCCGUCAGCUCUCCUACCACAAAAAUAAUCUGCAUGACCCCAUGUCUGGGGGCUGGGGGGAGGGAAAGGAUCUGCUGUUGCAGCUGGAGGACGAGACACUAAAGCUGGUGGAACCCCAGAGCCAGGCACUACUGCACGCCCAGCCCAUCAUCAGCAUUCGCGUGUGGGGCGUUGGGCGGGACAGUGGAAGGGAGAGGGACUUUGCCUACGUAGCUCGCGAUAAGCUGACCCAGAUGCUCAAGUGCCACGUGUUUCGCUGUGAGGCACCUGCCAAGAACAUCGCCACCAGCCUGCAUGAGAUCUGCUCUAAGAUCAUGGCCGAACGGCGCAAUGCUCGCUGCUUGGUAAAUGGACUAUCUCUGGACCACUCUAAACUUGUGGAUGUCCCUUUCCAAGUGGAAUUCCCAGCACCUAAGAAUGAAUUGGUACAGAAGUUCCAAGUCUAUUACCUGGGGAAUGUACCUGUUGCUAAACCUGUUGGGGUAGAUGUGAUUAAUGGGGCUCUGGAGUCAGUCCUGUCCUCCAGUACCCGUGAGCAGUGGACCCCAAGUCAUGUCAGUGUGGCCCCUGCUACCCUAACUAUCUUGCACCAGCAGACAGAGGCAGUUCUAGGCGAGUGUCGGGUACGCUUCCUCUCCUUCCUGGCUGUGGGCAGAGAUGUCCACACUUUUGCAUUCAUCAUGGCUGCCGGCCCAGCCUCCUUCUGCUGCCACAUGUUCUGGUGCGAGCCUAACGCUGCCAGCCUCUCAGAGGCUGUGCAGGCUGCGUGCAUGCUCCGCUACCAGAAGUGUCUGGAUGCCCGCUCCCAGACCUCCACCUCCUGCCUCCCAGCACCCCCUGCAGAGUCUGUUGCCAGGCGUGUAGGUUGGACUGUCCGCAGGGGUGUUCAGUCGCUGUGGGGCUCCCUUAAGCCCAAACGUCUUGGGUCCCAGACCCCAUGAAGAUGCCCCACUCCUCCCUCCACCUGCUCAUGUUGGGCCCCAGGGAACUCAAGGGUGUGGGGCAGGAAGGAGCCCUGGAUACUAUUCUUGAGGUCUCAGGUCCCCCAAAGUUGCCCUUCUUCAGUACUCCUGGGUUCCCUGCCUAAGGGCUGGGGUGGGAAGAGAUCUAAUCCCUUCAAGGAAAUGAUAACCCUGGAUUUAAGACAAGAGGAGCAGGAAGCAAGGCCAGUCCUGGGCUCUCCAUCCCCAGUAUUUGAGGUGGAACAGGAAGAACUGGUCCAGACCAGGCCCCAUCUUCAUAAGGCCCAGCAGGGCAGAAGGAGGGGACUGGUCCAGGCAUGGAUCCCCCUCCCCUGUUCUGUGGGCACCUCUGCUGUACUGAUAUCACUAAUAAAGUCUGUCUGCGCUGC